AAGGUAAUAACAGUUGAAAUGUAAAUAAGAUAUAACCAAUUUAAUAAAGAUGGAGAAAAGGAAAAAAUAUAGUCCAUUGAUGCUAAAAGAAAUUAAGGAAUAUUGAUUGUUUCCUGUUAUUUUUGUUGUUAGAGAUGGAGUUAUGCUUGUGUGGCUCUUUUGGUUUGUUGCAAGAAGAUUACUUUCUUGCUUUAUCUAGCGUGUAGUUUCCCUCCUUGCGUUGGAGUUUUCCAUCUAUUAUUUUUUCUAGGUCUUAACUUGUGGAAAGAUUUUGUGUAAAUUUGAGUUUGUCAUGGAGUAUCUUGUUUUCUCCAUCUAUGUUAAUUGAGACCUUUGCUGGGUAUAGUAGCUUGGGCUGGCAUUUAUAUUCUCUUAGGUUAUGUAUGACAUCUGUCCAGAAUCUUCUGGCAUUCAUAGUCUCUGUUGAGAAGUCUGGUGUAAUUCUGAUAGGUCUGCCUUUAUAUGUUACUGGACUUUUUUCCUUACUGCUUUUAAUGUUCUUUGUUUUGUGCAUUUUGUGUUUCGACUAUUAUGUGACGGAAGGAAUUUCUUUUCUCCUCCAAUCUAUUUGGAGUUCUCUAGGCUUCUUGUAUGCUCUUGAGCAUCUUUUUCUUUAGGUUAGGGAAGUUUUCUUCUAUAAUUUUGUGUAAGAUAUUUACUGGUCCUCUUAUGUUUGGAAUCUUUGUUCUCUUCUAUACCCUAUUAUCCACAGGUUUGGUCAUUGUGUCCUGGAUUUCCUGGAUGUUUUGGGUUAGGAGCUUUUUGCUCCUUCCAUUUCCUUUGACUAUUGUGUCAAUGUUUUUUAUGGUAUCUUCUGCCCCUGAUAUUCUCUCUUCAAUCUCUUGUAUUCUGUUGGUGAUGCUUUCAUCUAUGACUCCUGAUCUCUUUCCUAGGUUUUCUAUUUUCAGGAUUGUCUCUCCAUUUCCAUUUUUAGAUCCUGGAUUGUUUUGUUCAAUUCUUUUACCUGUUUGCUUGUGUUUUUCUGUAACUCCUUAAUGGAUUUUUGUAUUUCUUCUUUAAGGGUUUCUACUUGUUUAACUGUGUUCUCCAGUAUUUCUUUAAUGGAGUAUGGGCCUUGAAUUCCUGAUCUCUCCAAUACUUUUAAUAUGAAUGGAUAUUUUGUCAAAUGCUUUUUCUGCAUUUAAGGAGAUAAUCAUGUGUCUUUUUUCUUUGAGUUUGUCUAUAUAGUAGAUUAUGUUAAUGGAUUUUCAUAUAUUGAACCAACCCUGCAUCCCUGGAAUGAAACCUACUUGAUUGUGGUGAAUGAUGGUUUUGAAGUGUUCUUAGAUUCAGUUUGCAAGAGGUUUUUUUUUUGAGUAUUUUUCAAUCAACAUUCAUAAGUGAAAUUGCUCUGAAGUUUUCUAUUUUUGUUGCAUCCUUGUGGGCUUUAGGUAUCAGAGUAAUUGUGGCUUCAUAGAAUGAAUUAGGUACUGUUUCUCUGUUUCUAUUUUAUGGAAUAGUUUGAGGAAUAUUGACAUUAGGUCUUCUUUGAGAAUCUGAUAGAAUUCUGUGAUAAAGUCACUGGCCCUGUGCUUUUGUUUGGUUGGGAAGUUUUUAAUGACUUUUUCUAUUUCAUUAUGGGUUAUGGGCCUGUUUAGAUAGUUUACUUGCUCUUGAUUAACUUUGGCUUGUGGUCUCUGUCUAGAAAACCAUCCACUUCAUCUAGAUUUCCCAGUUUUAUUGAGUUUGGGCUUUUGUAAUAGGAUCUUAUGAUUUUUUUUAAAGUUUCCUCCAUUUCUGUUGUUGUGUCUUACUUUUCAUUUCUGAUUUUGUGAAUUUGGAUACUGCCUCUGGGUCCUUUAAUCAGUUUGUCUAGGGGUUUAUUUAUCUUGUUGAUUUUCUCAAAGAAGCAGUUUUUGGUUUUGUUGAUUCUUUGUUUAGUUCUUUUUCUAUUUGUUUGAUUUCAGUCUUGAGUUUGACUAUUAUCUGCCUUUUACUCCUCUUGGGUUAGUUUGCUUCUUUUUGUUCUAGAGCUCUCAUGUGUGCUGUUAAGUUGCUAGCAUACGAUCUCUCCAAUUUCUUUACCAAGGCACUCAGUGCUGUGAAUUUUCCUCUUAGCACUGUUUUCCUUGUGUCCCAUACGUUUGGGUAUGCUGUGUUCUCAUUUUCAUUGAAUUACAGAAAGUCUUUAAUUUUUUUCUUUAUUCCUUCCCUGACCAAGCUAUCAUUGAGUAGAGGAUUCUUCAGUUUUCAUGGGUAUUGGAUGUAGUUCCUUGCAUACAGUAGGAAACACUGUAAGCAUUGCUCAAAAAGAAUCUGGCCUCAUGGAGAAAAACCAGGAGGAAACCCUGAGAGCCACAUUCCUCUACCAGGAGGUCUGCUUGGCAGCUCAGAGACUAGAUAUCUUCCUUCAAAAAGAAAAUGCCCACAAAGAGGUUUUUAAGCCUCAUGUCCUGGCUCUCAGAGAGAUGCUUCAGCAAGCCUGUAUUAAACUCAUGUUCCUCCAUCCGGUGGUUUAUGGUAGGAAGGCUGAAGAGCUCUUAUGGAGGAAAAUAUACUCUGACAUUGUCAUGCUGCUCAUGAAGACCAACAAGAAACAAAUGGACACUUUCCAACAUUGGGGAGAGCCUCUCCAGGCUCACCUGAAGGCUGGCCUCAAGUUCUAUGAGCAUCUCUUCCUGUUCCUUCAGGGCCACUAUGAAUUGAGGUUACAGAGCUACAUUGAUUGGCCUCACAAUGCCAUCCACUUGAUUGGAUGUAAGAAAGUGGGACCCACAUCAGUGGAAGAGGCUUCCUGGGCCCGCAUGGCCUGUCAUCGCUGCCUGCUCUACCUGGGAGACUUGUUCCGGUAUCAGCAUGAGUUCCUAGACCUGGCUACUAAGAACUUGGCAGAGAGAUGCUACUACAGAGCCUUGUCAGUGGCCCCGAAUAUGGGAAUGCCCUUCAAUCAACUAGGUGCUCUCAUGGGGAGUAAGUAUUAUGAUCUGGAAGCCACAUAUUACUAUCAGCGUUGCCUCCACGCUGAAGUGCCUUUUAAAGGAGCAGCUUGGAACCUCAAACGACUCUAUGAUCAUGCUGGAAAGAGGUACAGCUGUCUGAAGAGGUACCAGGGAAGGAAACUGUCUCAUAGCCAAAGGCAGUGUUGGGACAACAAAAGGCUUCUGGUUAGCUUCCUGUACCUUCAGAGCCUCCUGCAGCCUAAGAGAAAAUUCAAAGCUGCAAGGCUUAUAGCCCUGUGCCAACUCGUUCUUGAUGACUUCCGUCUCUGUCUUUCCUACCGGCCAUACCAAUCUGGCUUGUGCCAGGCUUCCAUAGAAGAUAAGCCUCCUAAAGGCUAUCUGUUUCUCCCAGACUUCCUCAUCUUCCACAUGGUGGUUCUUUGUCUCAUGAAUGUGCACAGCCUGAGGAAAUCAGGCUCAAAACAGCAAAAACCAGCUGUUAUCUUCACCCUGACUCUUUUCUCUUAUUUAGUACAACAUGUGAACACACGAAUCCAGGCUGAGCUGCAGAAGAGGAAGUUGACUCCAGAAGAGGCUGCUUUAAGAGAUGGAUGCUGGGACAAAGAGCCUGGAAAGGAACAUCAAGAUUUCCCAUCUCCUGGGCUCCAGAACAACCACUCUCAGAAAAGCCACAAGUGGUCUGGUAUUUGCAGAGAAAGUGAGGCCAGUUUUCAUUCCUGUUGUGACUCAGAUGAGACAGAGGAAGAUGAAAACUCAUCCUUAAGUUCCCAGGCACAAUCAGACACAGGCAGUGAGACAUCCCACUCUGAUACAACAGAUGAAGAAGGGAGUGGAUCUUUGGGUUCAGAUGAAAUUCAGAAGAGUGGAGGUUCACCCAAACCUAAAAGAGCUCAUUCCAGAAACAAAUUGAAGGCAUAUGUACCUCCUGACAGUCUCCUUGAUCUCUUGAAAACAACUAUUUCUUCCAGCCUGCCAGCUCCUUUGAGUCAAAAACUCCAAGGAAAACAUGCCUCGCCAUUGGCUCCUGUCUUCAGUCACAAUGUUCUGACACCUCCAACUGAUCCAACCCCUACUGUUGCUCUCAGCAGUUCCUUGGGCACUGAGGGUGAGAUAAGCAGCUUUCCUGAGACAGAAUUCUACAUGGGUUCCUCUUGGGAGCAAAGGUCCUUCAUCACCCAGAACAAUCUCCAGACCACUCAAUGGAAACUGGACAUUCUUUCUGCAGAGGGACUGUUGCCUACCAUCAAGGUGAUCCUGAGCUGGCUCCGCAGUAAUCACAGCCUCCUCCUGUCACAUUGGAGGAGUGUGUGUAGCUUAUGGGACCACCUCUCUGUGUUGCUGAACCUGUUGCCUUCAGUUGGAGACCUUCAGCAUCCCGGUCUUUGUCUGUCUCACCAUCUCCAGGACUUGCUGCAGAGUUGUCAAUGGCCGAAUACUCCUAAGUACCUUCAACUCCCUGAGGACAUUGCCCUGUUCCAACAGUCUUCUCCUCAAGUGUCCCAGGAUAGGGAAGGCUUAGGGCAGGAUCCACCUCAACUCACCAACCAAGAGGAAGUUAUCGUGCGUAUUUGUUUCUUCAGAAGUUUUGGGCACUUUGCAACAAGACUCCCAGGACAGUUUCUGAGAUUUGACUCUAAGCUGGGUAUCUUUGUGAGCAGUACCCUUGAAAGGUCAGAAAGUGCACCUCAGCAGUUUCCAAGAACAACUCCAAGAAUCAGACUUUCCAAAGACAUAGUCCAGCUCUGGUUACAACGUGAAGUGGCAUUGCUAGAGAAGACUCUUAGAAGUCCCCAGACUCGGUCAGUGUUGACCCCGUACCUGUUCCCUGAUCCCAGAGCCCUCUGUGAGCAUCUUUCAGUCAUACAGAAACUAGCCACUAGUGCUAAGUUUUUUCUUAUCAUACCGAAGAUUGUAGUUGACACACUGUAUAUCCUAAAAUGGGAAGACCGCAGGGCCUUGGCGGCCAUCACUUUUCUAGAGGAUGAGUUAAAGAGAAGGAAUCAGUACAUUCUCUGCCAGUCCUUUGUGUCCAAGAGGUUGGUGAGGCCCAGGAUGACUAAACCAGACUCUGAUGCCUGGGAUCUCUACAAUAUUCUUGAGUUCUGCAAAAGUCUGCUGGACUCAUCCAGACCAGGGAUUCUGGAUCCCAGCAGCAUGGUGAUGAUUAUUACUGGUGUCUGUUUGGAACACCCUAGAAAUUUCUCAUACCCCUUGCAACUAGUGCUGGGGAUGGCAACAGAAGCUGGUGUGGAAAUCAAGAACAUUCUGAGUUUCCACAAAGAAUGAAAGGUGAUCAGUUGAAAUGCUCACACAUUCUGUCCUUGUUUUGCCAGUGUUUAUCAUUCAAAUUCAAUGUGCUCUCCCUCGUAAGCACCUAAUGCUGAGGUAGGAAUUGUGUACAUGAAUAUUUCUGUCUACCCGUAGGUAGAAUUGUAGUGUAAUAGCUUUCUGAGGCCUUCCUGUUUCCUUUCUAGCCAUCGUAUCUCUGUAUUAUGCUUAUCUUGGAAAAAAGGUCAACAUUAGCUCAUUGUUUAGUGAUUUUCUGGCAAAGCACCAAAUUCACACAUCACUUCUGUGUCCAAAUACAGCUUCAUGGACAUUCUGUGAUUUAAUCCAGUCUGUUUUGUGACAUGUGACUUUUAUGUAUGUUGUUUUAUUAUAGUGAGGUCAAGUUUAUUAUUGAUGGCAAACCUCUACCAUCUAUUAAACUCAAUAAAUAUGAAGAUAAAAUUCCA